AUGUCAUCACAAAGCCAAGCAGACCUUAACAGGAUUCGGGAUAAUCAAAGAAGGUCUCGUGCUCGGCGUAAGGAGUACGUGAAGAGCCUUGAAGAACGCCUAGGGGUCUACAGGCGUCAGGGAGCUGAGGUUACAUCACAUAUCCAACGAGCCGCGCAAAGAGUAGCAGAACACAAUCAGAAAAUGAGAAUCCUACUCAAUACUCUUGGGUUUAACGAUGAUAAGAUAAAUUGUUUUCUCCAAAACGGCAGCAUCAAUCCUGAUGAAGCUAUGACUUCCGAUUUCCCAUCACCAAACAGACCUAUAUACGGCAAUCUUGAUGCUAAUAUUAUCGACUCCCCAACAUACGACCAAGCGAAAUCAGAACUCCUUUCUGCUAACGUCAAUGAGCACCUUCAAGAGAAUAAUGGACUGGACCUGUCCUUCGAAACAAAUGAAUUCUUCCCUGGGGUUAAGAUGCCAUACCAGCCGACCCGUAUCGACAACCCUUUCGGGGGAGAUUUGAGUGAAGACGAUGAGGACUCUGAGGACGUUGAGGACGUCGAUGACACUUCAAUGUCCGGCUGGGAGUAUCCUCUAGCUAGCAUGGCAGUGAGCACUCUCGGGACUCCGAACCGGGCGGGUGUUUGGUAUGGGCAAGAUAAGUCGAUGUUGUCUAUUAAUCAAGAAUUCCGAAAUAUCAUCAAUGAGUGUCAGAAUUACUACAAUGCCAACCCGGGGUUUGACGGAUCCAAACAUCAGGCUGCUCACCUCUUCGACUUUAUUAAACGAGCCCUCUACGCAAUCGGCUUAGAGAGGCAUCUCCAUCUUUUUGUGGCUCACGAGAAUGUUCAAGCUAAAGAUAACCCUAUAUAUUCGCCUCGCUAUGUGUCUUCCACAUGGGUGGAAGACCCUAAAAACGUUCAUUCAGAGGAUCCUGAAAAUGGAAAACCCUGCUUCAACGAUGUCAGAUGGCAAAUGGGAGGAGGUCCUGAACCUCGAAAUUGGGGAGGCCUUCGAGGCGGAGCUGCUCCGAGCCCUCCUGAUACAGGUACUCCUUCAUAUAGGUCACUCAAGACUCAGACCCGUGAUUUAAAGAGGCGGAUUGGCGUUAGGUGGACGAGGCCGAGACAAAUGUGGGGAGAUGCUCGACUGCUUGCAAAGCUAGAAUUAGAGACCAUUCCCGAAAAACUUGAAGAUCUACAUGUUAAGGAGCCUAUAAUGGUGCCAUCUUCGGCCAUAAGCGAAGAGUUACGCAAUAAGCUCUCGCGUAGACUAACUGAUGAGAUCCGUAAGCAGACAAGUCGAUACGAAGCUGCCAAAGAGCAUACCAUGAUCCCAGAUAUUAAGAACCUCUUAUUACAGAUUGACUUUGUCAUCGACUCUAAGAGGGUAGAUUGGCAAAUAUUUUUUCAUGAGUGGGUUGUGAAAGGUAAAAGGGACAAAUCCCGGUUUAAAUUCCAGACCCAGAGUGAUGGGGAGGAACGAAUCGUUGGAGGGAUAAUGGAGGCUUUUACCGUGAUACUCUGCAGUAUCAUUCGGGUUCUUUUACACAACAAGCUCCUAGAUCUUGAAGAAAUAACAAUCAACGACUUAAUUUCUGCGGAGAUCGAAUUUGUAGAAGCCCUGAAGAGGCAUGAGGAAUUAUGGAGGGAGUGGGAUAAAUUCCAAAUUUACUGGGGGGACGUCAGUCCGACUGAAAAGGAGGCAAUACUUAGCCGUAUUCGUUUACGAAAAGAGCUAGAUUGUUACUGGGGUACGCUGAUCGACGAAUAUAAAGGCGUACUUUUAAUACUCGAGAGGCGUGGCUUAAGUGCUUUCCCCGAGCCAGCUCCGAGUACUAAAAAAAGGCCACUCGCAACUGAGGUAGCAACUGAGGUAGAAACAAAGCGAUCUAAGCUCAAGCGGGAUAAUGAAGUCACUUCGAUUCCAGAGGAAGACUCUAUCCCAGAGGAAGACUAUAUCGAAGAGGAAGACUACAACGAAGAGGAAGACUAUAAUGAAGAGGAAGAUUAUAAUGAAGAGGAAGACUAUAACGAAGAGGGAGAUUAUAACGAAGAGGAAGACUAUAUCGAAGGGGAAGAAUGGAUUCCGGAAGAUGAAGAGGUUAUAGAACCCUCAGAUACAACUGAAGCCGAGCAACCGUCGAAUAUUCCCGAUCCUGGUCCUAAUAGAAAUGCCAAUGCGGGCACCCGCCAAUGUCUCAGCGUGCUCAACCAACUGCGUAGGGCAUACGCAGACGCUCUCCAAACUUAUAUCGACUCCAAUGAGCAGCUCGACGGGGGCGACCCGGGGGAUGCACCGAGGAUAAGAGCGAACAACGAGAACAUCAGGAUGUACAACCAGAUGAUUUGGAACUUAGACAUGGAGAUCGACAACUUGAGAAGCCAAAGGCCGGACAAUAAUAUCGGUAACAGCACUACUCUAGACGGUAUCGAGGUGCCGGCACCGGCCCAUGAGCUUUACAAGCAUACCAAGAGGCUUGAAGGCCAGAAGGAUCUCCCUGUCGAUGUUCUAAGCCUGGCACCUGGUAACUUGCCUGGCGACCACCCAGCGCCGGCGAUCCCUAGGGUCCUCGUAGGUGGUCCGGUAGAUCUCGGUGGUGACCCUCUGGAUGCCGCCGGUGAGACGGACAGACCUGUUCAGACCAAGACGGAGGUUCCGACCAAGAAGGAGGUUCAGACUAAGAAGGAGGUCCAGACCAAGGAGGUUCCGAUCAGGACGGAGGUUCAGACCAAGACGGAGCCUCAAACCAAGACGGAGCCUCAAACCAAGGAGACUCGGAAGACUGUGAUUCCUCCUAGACCCCUGUUUGAUCCUCAACCUCAACCUACACCCCGGCCCCAGCCUACACCCAAACCUCAACCUACACCCAAACCUCAACCUACACCCCGGCCCCAACCUACACCUCGGCCUCAGCCUACACCUCGGCCUCAGCCUACACCUCGACCUCAGCCUACACCCCAGCCCAAGCCUACACCUCAGCCCAAGCCUACACCUCAGCCCAAGCCUACACCUCAGCCUAAGCCUCAGCCCACACCUCAGCCCAAACCUCAACCCAAACCUCAACCCAAACCUCAGCCCAAACAUGAGCCUACGCCUCAGCCCAAAUCUCAACCUACAACCCAGCCUGAACCUCAGCCUCAACCUCCGGUUCAGCCUCAAGGAAAGGUCUAUCCUCGACCACCCCCAAUCCGACCUUGGCCUGUACCUGACACUCCGACUCCUACUAGGGAUCACAGCCAAGAAGAAUCUGGGGCUGAGAGUCCUGACCCUCCUUACGCACCUCGACCUCGUAACUCUCGCCCUAACCCGGUUAAUCGCCGUUUGUUUCAGGGCCAACCGGGUCGUUCAGUUGUCGACAUAGCCGUCGAGGAGUCUACACCGCCGCUUGGGCGUGUUCCCACUAGCACCACCCGUCCAGUUUACUCUCGCCGAAACCUUCUCAGGGGCCCGAGGACUAACGCGACUCGAACACCUCAGACCACUGUCCCAACACCUCAGACUACUAUUCCAACACCUCCGACUACUGUUCCACCAGUUAAGACUACUGUUACGCCAGCUAAGACUGCUGUUACGCCAGCUCAGACUACUGUUACGCCUAAGAUUGUUUUUCCGCCAGUACGGACUGUUGUUCCACAGCCGCUAGUAAACCCAUUGAGGCCAAAGCAUGCACCACCACCACCACCACCAAAAAAUCCGGUGCGGCCGGUGCAGCCGGAAACACUGGUAGAGCCGGAGGAGCAAACUCCUGCUCGUGCUUGGACUUGGAAUGAACUGCCAACGAUGACCUUCGCGCAAUAUCUCGGAUCGCUGCCGCCACGUCUCCGAGUCGACCGGGCUGCUGCAAAGGCAAACUACGACCUUAUCACGAGUACCGUAGCAGGUAUCAAUAGCAGACAUAAUAGACCUGUAGAUCAACAGAAUGUUCAGCUCCAGCCCCAACCCUCUGGAGUUCAGACCCAGGAGUCAUCUGCGCUAUAUUCGAAUACCAGAAGACCAGGGGCUACCCGCCAAUGGACUAUGAAUGAUCUUGUGAAUAUGACGUUCGAGGAUUAUUACAAUUCGCUUCCGGUAGAAGGGAGAGUGGAUGAGGCCACUGCUCGUAAAGAGUUCGAAGCCAUUCAAAAAAGUGUAAGCAUUAUCGCCGAGGCCAUGUUUUACGGUAGAGUUGGCCCAUCGACUGGAUGGCCAUCGAUUACAAGAUUUACUAAGUAUGCGAUUCAGGGCCCAGAUAAUAAGCCUCCUCAAUCCUUUCCUUGGUCCGCUUACAAGACCCAGACUCAAAAGAGGACCAUCCCUCACACCAAGGGAGUAACUGAGUCCAAGGUGAAGAAGCCGUCCAGCCCAAAGAAGCUUUCGAAAUUGCCUCUGAAACAUCCCAAAUACUGGGACUGGAGCGACUGGGGCAAUGUCGUAGACGAACGAUACGAGAGAUAUCUAGAAGGUCUCACCGAAGAGGAAAAGUCUCAGUGGGAGAAAGGGGAGGAAGACUUCUACGAAUUCAGACGAAGCGCGCUUGAUAAGGCGAUGCAGCAGCAAGAUGCUGGCACCGCCAAAGAUAGAGGUAAUACCAUUCUGACCCCUAUUCUCGAUCCUAGCGAUAGCCAACUGAUUCUAGCUGCUACUAAUCAGGUAAUUAAAGACGUCACUCAGGUCCCCAUCGAUGACGCCGGUCCAUCUAUAUAUACCGGCCCAAUAGCCUACUCAGCUCGCAUGCUACGCGAAGAAAAUAGAAAAAACAGGGAAGAGCGACUACGAAAGCAACAACUAGAGGAACUCCAGCACAGCAUGUCUACCAACAAUGUUGACCGACCUCCCAGGCCCAACCGACGGCCCAACCCACAACCGGAUGCUAUUGCCAAGCAGAAACUUACCAAGGUCGAUUCCCGUCUUCCGCCCCUAUACGAUAAGUCACGUAGUGCUCCCAGGCCAGUCCGAGUACCAACACCAACACCACCAGCCCCCUCGCCCGAACCCAGCCCGGAAGACAAGCCCAAAGCCGAACCAGUCAAACACAAACGGCCACCAAAGCCGAAAGCCUGGCCCACGCCGCUGCCCUACCCCAUCCCCACCGUGCAGCCCAAGCCAGCCGGAACCGUGCCGCCGCCCGUGAUCCCGCAGAGGCGCUUCGCGGGGGAGGAAGAGGCAGCCGCAGGCCCAGGCCCAGGCCGACGCCGGGGCCGGGGCCGGGGCACGGCCAGGGCCCCUAGGAGGAGUCUCGGCCCGGUUAUCCCGGGUGACGGCUGGCCCGACUUCAAGUACCUGAUGCGGGCGCACCGGACGGCGGUGCUCGCGUCGCAGACUAUCGCCCAGCGGGGGGGGCUGCUGGCCGUCCCUAAGAGCGAGGCUAUCCCGGGCAUGCCCAGGCCCGUGUUUGAUAAUAGGACGGAUCGUAAUGUUUUGAUCUGA